ACCGGCGCGGCCGCUCUCAGUAUUCUCUCGGUAUUCUACCUACGUUUCUCUCUAGUGUUGGACACGUGACGUAUGAGAGUCGAUCGGUGAGUAGUGGUGGAGUAGGAGACAUAAGUCGCAGGAUGUCACGUAACUUUUCAGCUUUCGCUGAAACUGAUCUCUGAAAACGGUCGGUGAGUGAUUUACACGGGAUUCAACAGAAUCCGUAAUGAUCAGAGCGGUAAGCUUCGGGAGCGUUUGAAUUAGCGAGGUUAUCGCGGUUAUCAGGACUCUGGUAGAAGAAGAUGGGCUCCGGUCAGAGCGCCCGCAAAUUGACCGUCACGAAUGAGGACGAGAUCGGCGUGAUCAAGGUGUCCAACUCGCUUGUACAGCGUAUCGCUCAGAGAGAAAAAGCAAAGGCGAGCGAGGAGGCUGCCUCGGACGCGAGAACACCGACAACACCGGCCGAAUAUUCACCAGCACCUCCUGCAACGACAUUUGUGCCGCCUGCGACCCCGAACUCGACGCCUGGCCACCCGGUGUACUAUUAUCCCGAAUUGACGAUGUCGGCCCACCAGAUACAACAGCAGAAGGAACAAGAGUUGAAACAGCAGGAACAGUACUGGCGUAGGCGUUUGCAGAAUGUCGAUGAUUCUUAUCAAAAGAUCAAUCGCAUCUUGACAGAGGAAUACCAGAAAACUCUGGCUGAAACUUCGCCCGCUACAGCCGGACAAAGUACUGCCGGCAUCCAGAGCACAGUGCAGCCGUGUAUAGAGAACAGCAGCAAAGUUCUCAAGUGUUUCCAGAGCCAUCCCAAGGAAACCCUCGCAUGUUCGAGUUUGGUGGAGGAGUUCUCAAAUUGUGUUUGGAACGUGCAUUAUACACACGCGAUCAAAGCGCGCUCGUAAUGAGCCCGCGCGUUUCAACGAAUUCUUCGAAGGACAUUUAGUCGUUAAUAAUUAAAUUAUACAGUAAGUAAACAAGUGUGAAGAUGUGAAAGCGCUUAUUUUAAUCCCAGCCGAAUCACCGGUGAAUAGUAGAAGGCAAGAGAAGAAUAUAUAAAGGGAAAAAUGUAAACAAAAUUAAUGAUUCAAGGAGCAUAACGAUUUGUAAUAAAAUGGUUAUAGCUAUUCGAUAAAUUAUAAGAUAAACACUGCCAAAUAUCGAAGUUCCUUCUUUUCUAUAUUCUACAUGUAAACAUUAAAAUGAUCCGGAGCUAAAUAAAAGAAUGCUAGUUAGCGGUUAAACAAGGAAGCGUGUACGUGGGAUUUCUGAGUAACUCGUUCCGUGAUUCUCAGUACAAUUUCUAUUUAUAGUUUCAAGUAUAUACAGCAUAGCCCGGGCGUUCUUGACCCGAGCGAAGGCCUACGAUAUAGCGCGACAUUAUGAAAAGUACACGUUCUGUAAUAUAUUUAUCUCGCAAGAUUCCCGGUGAAUCUGUAUCUUCAGAGAGGCAGGGCCGAUGUUCAUUUCUUCGGCCGUGUUUCGUCAUCUACAGCAGUUCUAGAAUUUCACGUCCCAAAAUCAGAAGAUUCCCUGAGCCCCGCCACAAGUCUCGAUCUUUUAUCAUCAAGAUACCGAUUAAUUAAUAAUCAUUAAUGUAACCAAUAUAUAUAUAUAUAUAUAUAUAUAUGUCAUAUAUAUAUAUAUGUACGGACAUAUAUAUAUAUAUAUGUACAUAUAUAUAUGUACUUUUACGUCUCUGCAAAUCUCAGUUCUAAACCGAAGCGACAAACAUCAGCCCUUUCUUUUCUCUAACGCACAAACAUACAACGAGAAUAUUGCAAAUGCAAGAUUGGAAGUACAUUCGAAAUAUGUCUAAAACACGUGGAAAAUAAAUAAUUUCACUCGUACAUUAUAAAUAUCCGAAUGUGUAGCUCGCAAUAAUCAGUGAUGAAUUCGAGAAUAUAACCCGCUUACAGUGUAAAGGGAUCUUACGAUGGAUGACCGGCUCGCUAUCAACAACAUUUGUACCGCUCGUCCCUCCGAAAUAAGCUACUGUAUUUAAAGAAAAAAAAAAAAAA